UACACUUGUGUGUAAUUGUGUUGCUUUCAGUCUUUCACUGAUAAAGUGAUUAUCUUUUUAUGUGUAUUUCACGCUUCAAUUUCCCAUUUUUACCUUGUUUUUGCGAAACAAGCUUUCUUCUGCGGCCCUUUCAAAUUCCGUCCUCCACCACUCUCCUCUCGUGAGUCUCGCCAUUGUUGAAUCCUCUUACCCAGCUCUGUGAUUAAAGAAAUUUGGGGAAGAAUGGCAACUGGAGCAGUCCCAGUUUCAUUUGCGGGGCUGAAAGGCAGGGAGAAUGGAUUGGGGUUUGGAAAAAAUAUGGAUUUUGUCAGAGUUUGUGACUUGCAGAGGGUUAAGUCUCGCAGAAGCAAGGUUUGUGUGAUCAGAAAUUCCAGUUCUGUUGAGGUUCAGCCUGCAUCAGAAGGGAGUCCAUUGCUAGUACCUAGGCAGAAAUAUUGUGAAAAUAUACACAAAACUGUGCGGAGAAAAACCUGCACCGUGAUGGUUGGAAAUGUGGCCAUUGGUAGCGAGCAUCCUAUAAGAAUCCAAACUAUGACCACCACAGAUACGAAGGAUGUUGCUGGAACAGUUGAACAGGUAAUGAAAAUAGCUGAUACUGGAGCUGACAUUGUCCGCAUAACGGUGCAAGGCAAGAAAGAAGCCGAUGCAUGCUUUGAAAUAAAAAACUCUCUUGUUCAAAAGAAUUAUAAUAUUCCUCUGGUUGCGGACAUUCAUUUUGCUCCUUCAGUUGCUCUUCGAGUUUCUGAAUGCUUUGAUAAAAUUCGUGUCAACCCUGGAAACUUUGCUGACAGACGAGCCCAGUUUGAGAAACUGGAGUACACGGAGGACGAUUAUCAGAAAGAACUUGAGCAUAUCGAGGAGGUCUUUACACCAUUGGUUGAGAAAUGCAAGAAGUAUGGGCGGGCAAUGCGUAUUGGUACAAACCAUGGGAGCCUUUCAGAUCGCAUCAUGAGCUAUUACGGGGAUUCACCCAGGGGGAUGGUUGAAUCCGCAUUUGAGUUUGCAAGGAUUUGUAGGAAGUUGGACUUCCAUAAUUUUGUGUUCUCAAUGAAAGCUAGCAACCCGGUUAUUAUGGUCCAGGCAUACCGUCUUCUUGUAGCUGAGAUGUAUGUCCAGGGAUGGGAUUAUCCAUUGCACUUAGGUGUUACUGAGGCUGGUGAGGGUGAAGAUGGACGAAUGAAAUCCGCAAUUGGUAUUGGAACACUACUAUGGGACGGUCUGGGUGAUACAAUUAGGGUUUCCCUAACUGAACCUCCGGAAGAGGAGAUUGAUCCCUGUCGACGCCUGGCAAACCUUGGUAUGAGAGCAGCCGAGCUUCAGCAAGGAGUGGCACCAUUUGACGAGAAGCACCGCCGUUAUUUUGAUUUUCAACGUCGAACAGGGCAGUUGCCAAUUCAAAAAGAGGGCGAAGAAGUGGAUUAUAGAGGCGUUUUGCACCGAGAUGGUUCUGUCCUCAUGUCUGUUUCCCUCGAUCAGUUGAAGACACCUGAACUUUUUUACAAGUCAUUAGCAACAAAACUGGUUAUUGGCAUGCCGUUUAAGGAUCUAGCAACUGUGGACUCGAUUUUGUUGAGAGAGCUUCCACCGGUGAACGAUAAAGAUGCUCGUCUAGCUCUCAAGAGGUUGAUAGACGUUAGUAUGGGAGUUAUAACUCCUUUAUCGGAGCAGUUAACGAAGCCACUUCCUAACGCUAUGGUCUUGGUUACUCUCAAGGAAUUGUCUAGCGGUGCUCACAAGCUUCUCCCGGCAGGUACACGAUUGGUUGUGUCCGUACGUGGUGAUGAAGCCCAAGAAGAAUUGGAAUUCCUGAAGAGUUCUGAUGCUACAUUGAUUCUUCACAAUCUCCCGUAUUCUGAAGAAAAUAUUAGCCGAGUUCAUGCAGCCAGGAGGCUUUUUGAAUAUCUUUCAGAAAAUUCCUUAGAUUUUCCGGUAAUUCAUCAUAUAGAAUUUCCCAAGAAUAUUCACAGGGAUGAUUUAGCAAUUGGUGCCGGGACCAAUGCUGGAACCCUCUUGGUAGACGGGCUUGGGGAUGGUGUCUUGUUAGAAGCCCCAGACAGUGAUUUUGAUUUUAUUAGAAAUACAUCUUUCAAUCUUCUACAAGGAUGCAGAAUGAGGAAUACUAAGACGGAGUAUGUGUCAUGCCCAUCGUGCGGCAGGACUCUUUUCGACCUUCAAGAGAUAAGUGCAGAGAUUAGGGAGAAGACGUCGCACCUGCCUGGUGUUUCAAUUGCUAUUAUGGGCUGCAUUGUCAAUGGACCUGGGGAGAUGGCUGAUGCAGACUUUGGGUAUGUCGGGGGUGCUCCUGGGAAGAUAGAUCUUUAUGUCGGAAAGACUGUUGUGAAGCGGGCAAUUGCAAUGGACCAAGCUACAGAUGCCUUGAUCGACCUAAUUAAAGAACAUGGCCGCUGGGUGGAUCCUCCAACAGAAGAGUAAUAUCACCAUUUGAUAUUUACCAUAUCAAACUAAUAUUAGUGCUAUAAUGCAUGUAUCAGCAAGAAUGCUUAUGUAUUAUGUAUAGCACGAAUUAUUGGGAAUCAGUAAUCAUUUCCAUUGCACUAUCAAAUACUGUUCAACUGUAUUAUGUUGUGAACUAAGAAAUGUAACGAA